GGAAAUUUCAGUGUCGCUUCGGAAUAAGUUACUUUCGGACGGGCUCACGGGCAGUCUAUUAGUCUAAUAUGUAGUCAAUAGUAUCUAAUCUAGUCAACAGCACAUAAGAAGUCUAAUGAGAUACGAAUUAACGUGUUGGCAUUGAAAAUUUACGUAUAACCGCCUCCGAAUAUAAAUCCGCGAAGCGAUACUUGGUUCAAUACUUGAUUUUCUAUUUGACGAGAUUCAAAUAUUUUUCAAUAGAAUUUAUGAGCUGAGGUGCAUCGCGUGAUAUUUUUACGAAUCAUUAACUUCAAAAAUCGCAAAAUCGUCGUGGAGCUCUCAAUCGUUUGAUUAUAAUUUAAAUUUACGGUCGGCCCCUUAUUUGCCAUUUCUAGUGUGCGCCGUAAAAAUAGAAAUAAACAAUAUUUCCCACAAGUAUCCGCGGUGCACAAAGAGCGUACAACUAAGUGUUUUGUCCGGUGGUCGAUCAUAUGAGAGGCUUUCCUUAUUGUACGCGAAUAUAAAUAUUCUUCCUGUUGUUAUUGAACUCAGAUACUUUCUAUUACUCGUUCCCCGCCGAGACGGUACCGGGCCAAUUUUCCCCCCAUCAUAAUAAACAAAAAUUUUAAUUUUAACGCCAGGUUGCGUCGUUGGUUUCUAAGUUGUUAAAAUUUUAAGUUAGUUUCCAUGAAGUAAGCGGAAAAGUGCAACUAAUCUAAUAUUAACAGUGGAGAUGGCGGAAAAGUUCUGUGUGCGUGAUCCAAUCUUAUUGAUUAGUAUCAUCUUUCAUGCUAAGUGAAAAUCAUUCCCUGUGAGUGUCCACCAAAGUUACUCCGCAGAAAUCAAUAUCCAUGAGUUCGAACGUAAUUUCCCUUGUGCUUUUGUAAAAUUCCUAAACUCCUUGUGCAUGUUGAAUUCCUGACGUCAUCGAACUCGUGAAUUAACAAUAGAAAAGUUAUGAUGGAAUGGACAUGGUUAAAAGAUUGGUGGCGUUUGAAACGCUUACGAAAUCGGAAUACCAUCCUGGAUGGAUGCACGCGCGAUAACGGAGACGAUGGGGAGGCGGAAAAUGAUGACGGAAACGAGGAGGAUGACGAGAAUGAAAUGUGCUUUUGCGACGAUUGCAUAAAUGGUGACAUUGAUGUUUGCGGAGACAACAACGAUGGCAUGGAUUCAGACUGUAGCGUCUCGUCCAAUUCCGGCAAGCAAGUCAUUGUCGGAAUUUGUGCGAUGGCAAAGAAGUCCCAAUCCAAACCGAUGAAAGAAAUUUUAACGCGCUUACAAGAGUUCGAAUAUAUUAAAAUGGUGGUAUUUGAGGAGGAUGUUAUUUUAAAAGAACCUGUUGAAAACUGGCCAAUAUGUGAUUGCCUGGUCUCCUUUCACUCAAAAGGUUUCCCACUAGAAAAGGCUAUCCAGUACGCUCAACUUAGGAAACCUUACGUUAUAAACAAUCUCCACAUGCAAUACGACAUUCAGGAUCGUAGAAAAGUUUAUGCAAUUUUGGAAAGUGAAGGAAUUGAAAUUCCUAGAUAUGCUGUAUUAGAUAGGGAUUCCCCAGAUCCUAAACAACAUGAAUUAGUCGAAUCCGAAGAUCAUGUUGAGGUGAAUGGUGUCACGUUCAACAAACCAUUCGUUGAGAAGCCUGUGUCAGCCGAAGACCAUAAUAUUUAUAUAUAUUACCCGACAUCUGCUGGCGGUGGUAGCCAACGACUAUUUCGGAAAAUUGGUAGCCGGAGUAGUGUUUAUUCACCGGAAUCCAGAGUUAGAAAGACGGGUUCAUUCAUAUAUGAGGAUUUCAUGCCAACAGAUGGUACUGACGUCAAAGUGUAUACGGUCGGCCCAGACUAUGCUCAUGCGGAGGCAAGAAAAAGUCCCGCCCUGGAUGGUAAAGUGGAACGCGACAGCGAAGGCAAAGAAAUUCGAUACCCUGUCAUAUUGAGUAAUGCAGAGAAAUUAAUAUCGCGUAAAGUAUGUUUGGCAUUCAAACAAACAGUUUGUGGUUUCGAUUUACUAAGAGCAAAUGGUAAAUCGUAUGUCUGUGAUGUAAAUGGUUUUAGUUUUGUCAAGAAUUCCAACAAAUAUUACGAUGACUGCGCCAAGAUUUUAGGAAAUAUGAUACUACGCGAAUUGACACCAACUCUACAUAUUCCGUGGUCAGUACCUUUUCAAUUGGACGAUCCACCAAUUGUGCCAACAACAUUCGGUAAAAUGAUGGAGUUAAGAUGUGUUGUGGCGGUGAUAAGACACGGUGAUCGAACACCAAAGCAAAAGAUGAAAGUUGAAGUGCGACACCCAAAAUUUUUUGAAAUUUUUGAGAAAUAUGAUGGAUACAAACAUGGUCAUGUGAAAUUGAAACGUCCAAAACAACUACAGGAAAUAUUGGAUAUAGCAAGAUCGCUAUUGGCGGAAAUACAGACAAAAGCAGCUGAUUCGGAAAUCGAGGAGAAGCAAGGGAAACUGGAACAACUAAAAAGCGUUCUUGAGAUGUAUGGUCACUUUUCCGGAAUAAAUCGAAAAGUUCAAAUGAAAUAUCAACCGAAGGGACGUCCAAGAGGGUCAAGCUCUGAUGAUGGUAACAAUAUUUCAUCUAACGCGCCAAAAGAUCCCUCAUUAGUUUUGAUUUUGAAAUGGGGUGGGGAAUUGACACCUGCUGGUCGUAUUCAAGCUGAAGAAUUGGGAAGAAUAUUUCGUUGCAUGUAUCCAGGAGGGCAAGGAAGACAUGACUACUCCGGAACUCAAGGUCUUGGUCUGCUAAGACUCCAUUCGACUUUUCGACACGAUUUGAAAAUCUAUGCAUCAGAUGAAGGUCGUGUUCAGAUGACUGCUGCCGCCUUUGCAAAAGGUUUACUAGCAUUGGAAGGUGAACUGACUCCAAUUCUUGUGCAAAUGGUUAAAAGUGCUAACACAAACGGUCUGCUUGACAAUGACUGUGAUUCUAGUAAAUAUCAAAACAUGGCCAAAAAUCGUCUUCACGAGCUGAUGCAGGUUGAUCGCGAUUUCACGGUAGAAGAUCGAGAGGCUAUCAAUCCUACAAACAGUAUUAGUAUAAAUCAAGCUUUGGACUUUGUUAAAAAUCCUGUAAAAUGCUGUGCCCACGUUCAGUCUCUUAUUCAGUCACUAUUAGCAGUUAUCGCCAUUAAAAAAGAAGAUCCUAAAACGAAAGAUGCCAUUCUGUACCACGGUGAAACGUGGGAUUUAAUGGGUCGACGAUGGGAAAAAAUAGAAAAGGACUUCUCUACAAAAAGUAAAACCUUUGACAUCUCGAAAAUUCCAGAUAUUUACGAUUGUAUAAAGUACGAUUUGCAACAUAAUCAACAUACCCUUCAGUACGAACAAGCUGAGGAACUUUAUAUAUACGCAAAGUACUUAGCAGAUAUCGUUAUACCACAAGAAUAUGGAUUGACCGUACAGGAAAAGUUGACAAUAGGGCAGGGCAUAUGCACACCUUUACUAAAAAAGAUCAAAGCAGAUCUUCAACGAAAUAUCGAGGAAGCUGGAAACGAAAGUGUUAAUCGGUUGAAUCCUCGUUACAGUCAUGGAGUUUCAAGUCCCGGCCGGCAUGUACGCACAAGAUUAUAUUUUACUAGUGAAAGCCAUGUACAUUCACUUCUAACCGUUCUACGAUUCGGUGGUUUACUUAACGUACUAACUGAUGAGCAAUGGCGUCGGGCCAUGGAAUAUAUUUCUAUGGUGUCUGAACUAAACUAUAUGUCGCAAAUUGUAAUCAUGUUGUAUGAAGAUCCCACCAAGGAUCCAUGCUCAGAAGAAAGGUUUCAUGUUGAAUUGCACUUCAGUCCUGGUGUUAAUUGCUGCGUACAGAAGAAUUUGCCACCAGGUCCGGGAUUCAGACCUCAUAGUCGUAAUGAUUCUGGUCAAUCGAAAAAUGUUAGCCAAGAAGAGAACAAUCCAACGAGAAUUGAUGAAGAGAAUGACAUCAAUUUGGAGGAAAGUCCGCCUGGAAAUUCUAAAAACCCAAGCGAGCAAGCAUCCUCGCCAGAAGAAACAAGUGAAGUGGGAGCUCUUCCUAAAAAUACAAGACCAAAGCAUCUGAAGACAUCAAAACCAAUCCCGAUUGGAUCGCAUCAUACUGUAUGUGGCCACGAAGCAAUGGAUCUUGCUAAGCGACUUAGUGAGGAACUCGCAGCUCAACAAGCCAAACAGUCAGGGUCGUUGGGAACCAAUCGAGCCCUGAGCCCCGACGCUGAACCUCGUUCACGAUCAUAUGAACAACAGCAUCCAAAAACGAAAGAAAACAAACCCAUAGACUACGACAUAACUAAUGUCCUUUGUAGUAUCAAUCGUGACCAUUUCAGAAACAUCAGUAGUUGUAAUAAUAUAUCAAUUAAUGUAACUAGUUCUACACCGUUAUACCAAAUAGAUUCCGCAACCAACGAACUACCAUUAUCUGCGAUUGAUUUUUCGAUCAACCCCUUGACACCGGAGACCAUGAUAUCAGAUCCCCUGGAGCAUUCAAUUUCCCCCAUAUAUAUCCAUGAAAAUGAACCACGCACUCAUAUGUCACCGCUUGCCACUAAUGAGCGGCCGCUAUCUUGCACAUGUUUGAAUAUAUUAGUAUCGGAACAAGAUAACGCUACUACCGCUGUUUGCGACUUAUCAGCUUCACCAAUUCCUACUGAUUUCUGUAAUCCGGUUCCUAUUUUUUCACUAAACGAUUCAUUCAUAUUUUCAGGCAAGCGACAUAGCUGCCCUGAAUUAUAUGUAGGUCCAUAUCUAUUUUGUAGUCAGGUAUCUCAGAACGGUGACACCAUAACAUAUAGUGCUGAUAUCUUCCAAACGUGUUGCUCAGCGCCUGCAGCUUUAACUGUAGAGAGUAGUUUGACUGAUCAAUUCCCUCUCUCCUCGGGCGAUCAUGAUCCAGCCAGUAGUAGCUUAGAUGACAAUAACACCUUACAUAGUAGCAACAGCAAGUUAGUUCCAAUUGAUAGUGAUGAUUCAUGUAAUCGCAACUCCUCACUAAAUAGUAACAAUAUAGUCAAAUCGUCAGUAACAUCACUAGAAACAAUCACAUCUCAAUCUCAGUUCGCUAACGUAGAUACGAUGACAACUUCUUCAUGCAUUAAUCCUUCCUCCCCAUGUCCAUCAUCCAACCUAAAAUUGAUUAAGAGCAAUGGCGACAGUACAUCUUCCCUGUGCUCAUCUACUAUUAGUGCUUAUCCCGAUUCACCACAUGUACCCUCCGCCUCCCGAAAAAUCCGCGUAACCAUUACAAAAUCCAAUCCCACACCAUUCACCUCAGAGACUCAACUGUCCCCAUCCCCUGUCAUAGGUAGUCCUACGAUGGCAGCUUUCCUAACUCCCACUGUACCUUUAUCAUUUUCUUGUACUAAUUUUAAUCCUAUAAACCCUCAUCCAAAAAACGAUAAAAUACACAAUCCAGACACUACCACAUCAUCAGCAUCAAGUUCAGCAUCGGCAUCGGCACGACGUCAACGGCACAGCAUUGCCGGCCAGAUGAGCUAUUUUAAAAUGUUGGGAUUCGGAGGAUUCGGGAAAAAGAUGGCAACCAGUACUAACAGUUUGUUUAGUACGGCCGUGAUAAGUGGAAGUUCAUCGGCACCUAACUUACGAGAUAUGAUUCCAAGUACAGCGACACCGUCAGUUCUUGAAGGUUUCGGAGGUGUACCGCCCAUUCGACCAUUGGAAACAUUACACAACGCCCUUUCGCUGAAGCAACUCGACUCGUUCCUGGAGAAGAUGACUGUUGCACCGCUCUUCAAAACGCCAGCAUCAUCACCACCAAAAUAUCCAUCGACACCAGUUCCAACGCCAACCCAAACUCCACAAGGCUCAACGAAUGAUAGGGCAGGCCCGUCAUUUAGCUGGAGUGGUCAAUCAAGUAUGGCAAGUAGUAUUGGUUACCUGUCAAGCACUGAACCAUCGUCGCCGACUGGUGGGGAUAAGAACUCAAGAAUUUGCUCAAGCAGCGAUAUGUCGGCAAGUGUAGCGAGUACAGAAGGGAUUGGUGUCGUACUUUCAGCGGCUGAAGAACUUUCCAAAUAUUUUCCGAAACUAGAUAGCGAUUUAAAUGCAGUUGGCACCGGUAUAGAGAGUGAACAUCUGGAAUCUGAAGUAUUUACCUUGAAAGAUUCAGAACAGGAGAGUGUACGGAGCAUAACACCCAUAAGCAUGAGCUCCGAAGUUAGCACACCUCUUGCAACAAAAGGUUCAACAACAGCAGCAGAUUUGACAACUGAUGACGACGAAGAAGCUACUCUUUCAGUAGACACCUGCUUAUCCCUGCCUGUUUCAGACAAACAUCCCGAUACACCAGCAACACCAUCUCCAACUCCUUCGCUUCCGUCCAUGUCAACGAAUCGCGUCCAGAAGCAGAUCAGUCUCUAUGAAAGCGAACUGGUUUCCGCUCAUGAAUUCAAGUCCAUAGUAUUACCUAAAAAAUUGCCAGAUUACCGCAAGAAAUUUUAUGCAACUGACUCAAGUAGUCUUUCGCAGUCUUCGUCUAACGACAAUAUUUCAUUCGCUAAAUUCUCCAUUCCAUCAGCAACAGGCACUUCAUCAGCAAAAACAAAAUCUUGUAUGAAUUUGAAGAGUUUUUCAUCAGCCGGAGCAAACCAACAUCAUCCAGGGGCAGUCGUAGUCAAAGAGAAAUUCAUUGAUUUGCCCAAACGUGUUACGAGCAAUUAUCGCGGUCAUACACGAUGCGGGAGUGCCGAUGAGAAGAGAUUGUUGCAGAAUGCUCAAAUGUCACGGACAAGUGAUCUGGUAGGAUCCUUGUCGAAUCAUGGAAGUAUCCGAUCCAGAUUCGUAGCUACAAAGGUUACAGAGGGUGUAGCAGACAAUAAGUAAGAUACUUCAAUUAAUGUUCUAAUUUACCGAAUCGUAUUCCUAUUAAAUGUCCUAGUGCAGAACUUA